GUUUAAAAGGAUCAGUCUGUGUGAGAAAAACUCUCGUGGCGAGGAAAUCUAUUAGAAGUUUUCAGGAGCUGUCAUCUCAGAUCCACAGCAGGAAUAACAAUGAUGUUCUGCAGAGCGGCUUGGCGAAGACUUGCGCCUCUGGCACGCAAAACACUCACUCCUCCUUUGUCCAGCAAUGCUGUAGUUCCCAUACGACAGAUGUCCUUUGGGCUGCCUGUGUCUGGCACAAAUAUGGCUUACGCGGUUCUUUGUGGAAGCUCGCUUACGGCUGCUAUUGUUUACGCUUAUAAGACUAUAAACUCUGACAGUGCAAGAUAUAAUGAAAGAAUCGCUCAAAUCGAGGCCAGAACAAAAAGUGAGGAGGGAGCAGUGGCCGAGGUGUCUGUUGCAGCAGAAGCAGCUGCAGUUGUUGAAUCCACAGCAUCCGAACACGUCGCUAUUGCUGAAACCACAGCAGUAGAAACUGUCGUAGAGGUGCUGGAAGCAGAGGCUGAAGAGUCUCCAGCUGAAUCUCUGGAAGCAGCAGUCGAGCUUGAAGCAGGAUCUGCUAUUGUACAGGCAGUAGUGGCUGAAGCUGAGGAACCGGCUGCUCCUGUGGUUGAGGAUGUUGCUGCUGAAGCUGCCGUCGCAGAGACGACCGUUACUGCAAUGUCUGACCUAAUGAGUGCUGUGAAAAUCCUGGCUGGAUCUACAGUGGAGAUUGCAGCUGCUUCAGUUGGUGAUCAGCACUUGGUGACCGCAGUGAGGUUGUCUGAAGAUCACAAUACAGCAGAGAUCCUCAACGGGCUGGACACUGUUGAUGUUAAAGCAGAAGACCCAGAACCUGUAGGAGAGGCUGCGAUAGAUCCAGCUGAUCUAAACACAGCAGAACAGGAUCAACUGUCUUCAGCACUUCACCCGGUAGACAAAACAACUGUAGAGGUGGCAGAUGAUAACAAUGUCGACUCUGAAGCAAAUGACUCUCAUGUUGCUGAAACUGAUGUUGAAAGCCUUUCUUUAUCAGAGGGUAUAGAGAUGGAGAACACUGUAGAAUUACUAGAGUCAACAAACCCUGUGGAAGUGAUGACGGCAGAAGAUGAUACAAUCUCUGGAGCUGCAGAGUCCAUGACUGAAACUGUUGAGGUGGUGCAUCAGAUAAUGGAGGAAUAUAAAGCAUUAUAUGAUGAUCUAGCUGGCACAGAAACAGAACAUACAGAUCUCACAGAACCACCAGACAUGGAGAUGUCAGAGACAGUGUUGGAUGAAGUGGAAGAAACUAAACCAGCUGAAGCGUCGGAAGAAGAUGAUGAAAGUGGAAAUGUUACGAUGACCAUGCCACAAGCCUAAAGUAAAUGUACAACAGAACUUGGGAACCUGACUCUGGAAACUGAGAAUUUAUGUGAAGCCCAAAGAAUCCGCAAAAAAAUACAUUGAAACUAACAUUUACUGGUGUUUUAUAGCCAUGCAAUGAUGGAAAUUUAAAGGUGGAAGUUAACAUCAGUCAAAAUGUGUCUGCACAUUUAGUCAAUGGUUUAAGUUAUGAUACUUUCCAUAUUUAUGAAAUGAUUUAAAACAGGAUUUGGGGUUAACUGUUAUUGUAGUCUCUUAAAAAUAAUGUGCGGUGACAUUGUACUAUGCUGAACAUGUGCAGAUUUGUGGACACGUUCAUGUUUUAGAGUUGCAGAGUACAAAAAAGGUUUUUAUUUUAAAGCAAAAUGGGACACACUGACAUAAUUAAAUGAUUAGCUUAUUUUUAAACCGGGGUUUAAGAGGAGGUUAGGAGGUUGUUCCUUCAUGCUUUUAUAACUUAAAAAAGUUAUUUAUUUAAAAAUUAACCUAACGUUGUUAAUAAUUUAUUUAUUUUAUUAAAUGUAAUUGUUAAUAAUUAAUUAAUUACAUUCACUUAUGAUAAACAUAAAAACAACCGUUGACUUAUUGACCAUUUAAUUUUUACAGUGUAUGCUCCUGCCCUACAAGUGGCAUGUUUAUUUAUUUAUUUAUUUAUUUAUUUAUUUAUUUAUUUAUUUACUGACUAACUUAUUUAAUAUGGUAUUGGAAUUCAUAAGUUUGUUGGUCAGUAUUCAAUUAAGUAGUUUCUGUUCUUCUCUGUUCAUUAAAACUUGUAUAAUUUAUUAGGAUGCAGUUUGAAAUCAAAAUGUUAUUAUUAUUAUAUGUCUUCAGAUUCAUGUAAAAAACUGAUAGAAUACCUUUUAGAUUAUUGUGCAUUCCGCAAUUUUGCUUAAGUCAUUUCAAAGUCAUUUCAAAUAUGCACAGCGUUUAUUCCACCAUUCUUCACCAAAUUAAAUUGUUAAAAUAUAUUUUAAAAUCUUUGUAUUCUUGUAUUAAAUGCAAUUUGUUUUGUGAAUUCACAAUGAAAAUAAAAUGAAAUAGCCUGCCCACACUACAUCCAUGUUGCUGAUGAACAGACUACUUUAUGGGUAUUAGUGACAUAACAAUCAUGAUGAGUCACAUUCUGUAACAUCAUUUUAACUGCCGAAUAAAAAUUAACUUUAAAAACUGU